AUGCCCGGCGAAGCUUGGGCGCUGGCGGUGGCGCUGGUGCUCCUGGCCCGGGCGCAAGAAUGCUCUCCUGGGGGCCACAGGUUUCUUCAGAGUCCUUACAGAAGUAUCCAUUUUGACUCGAUGCACCUCCAGCAGUCUGCUGCUCAAGAGAUGAUAUGUGAUCAUUCCCUUUCUUCUGGAUGGUAUCGAUUUCUCCUCUUUGACAGACCUGCUGAGAUGCCAACUAAAUGUGUUGAGAUAUUCUGUAGUGCAUCCAUCUUUUUCUUGGAGAAACCACAUAUACAAAGUUUAGCCAUCGAAAGCCAGGAAUUUUAUGCGGGCAUAAAGUUACAACCUGAAUUGAGUACUAUAUCAGAAGAUGGGAAAGAAUACCAGCUGAGGAUAGAGAGUACAAUUCCUAUUGUUUGUUCUGAAUUUAGUGAGCUUGAUCAAGAAUGCAAAAUCUCAUUAAAGCUGAAAACUGUUGAUCAAGGUAAAGAACACCCUGGCGUAAACUUGGCACUGUCUUCCUGCAAUGUGGACCUCCACCAGACAACAUCCUGUGCCAACGGCACCUGUGGCCAAGCUUCCCUGUAUUACAUCGCUGUCUCAGAUUUUUCACAAGAUGGAGACAGAGUUACGAACAUUGUUGUAGAACCUAUAGUGAAUAAGGAUUUCCUGUGGAACAGCUAUAUUCCAGACAGCAUCCAGAUCAGAGUCAAGGAUGUCCCAACAGCUUACUGCUAUUCGUUUACUGAUCCACAUAUAAUUACCUUUGAUGGCAGGGUAUAUGAUAAUUUCAAGACUGGAACAUUUGUACUUUACAAGAGUACAACACGUGAUUUUGAAGUCCAUGUGCGUCAAUGGGACUGUGGAAGCCUUCACUACCCUGCGUCAUGUAACUGUGGGUUUGUGGCCAAAGAAGGAGGAGAUGUCGUUACUUUCGAUAUGUGCAGUGGUCAGCUACAUGAAUUACGACCAUAUUUAUUUGUAAAGAGCCAAGAUGCAUCCAGCAAUAUCAAGAUAAGUGAAUCUUAUUUAGGACGAAAAGUCACAAUUUCAUUUUCUUCUGGAGCAUUUAUUCGUGCUGACUUGAGUGAAUGGGGCAUGAGUUUAACCAUUAGGGCAUCCAGUUCAGAUUACAAAAACACUUUAGGACUCUGUGGAACCUUUGAUGAGAACCCAGAAAAUGAUUUCCAUGAUAAAAAUGGGAUCAAAAUUGACCAACAUUUUAAUAAUUGUGCUGCUUUUAUUAAUGAAUGGAGGAUUUUACCAGGGAGAAGCAUGUUUGACAAGAUGCCAAUUUCUCAGACUUUGCCUGCAAAACUAUCCUAUUGUAGCUGCUCAAUGGAUACCGCCUCCAGGUACCCGUUUUCUAAUCAUCUGGAUGGUGUUCCUCAACCAGAAAUUGCUUCAGAUUGCAAAGACCUCAAACAUGUCAGAUUCUCUUCUUUGAUACCAGAACUAGAUGUCACCUCUGAAUAUAUUAAUUCAGAAGCUCUGGUUGGGACGAUAAACAAGCAUACAUCUAGAGAAGAAAAUAAUUUGAAUUUCUUACUGCAAGGAAAGAAGUACAUAGACCUCACCAAACGGGACGUACAUUUACAAUAUCCUGGGAAUGAAAAACAAGAUGCACCAAAAUAUUCAGACAAGGAGAAACAUAAGCAGGACCAGGGUCGCCACAGCCAACAAAUGAGGUGGAAUCCACAAAACAGAUGGAAACGGCAACAUUUCAAUGAGUUUCCUACUUUGUUUGCUUUCCAAAGUCUCAGCCAGACCAACCUGGAACAGUUUACUUAUUUUUUCCCUGAGGACCACACUGAGGGUAUCCACCAAGAGUUUGUCCCCCAGUGGCCCACACCCUCUGGCCUUACCCAGGACAGCAGCCUGAAACUCUGUCAGCGCACUCUAGCCAACUCCAGCAUAGGCAGGCUCUGUUUUGACUUUCUCGGUAAAAGACUAGACCAUGUUGUAGAUAUGUGUGUUAAGGACAUUCUGUUGAAAGAUGAUGUUAGCUGGGCAGAAGCAGGUGUGGCCCUUCUAGAAAAUGAAUGUGAAAAGAGGAUUUUGGAAGAGGGGAAAUAUAACACAAAAGAAUAUGGCAAGUCAACUGAAGACAUUCUCUUGGUAUUAAAAUGUCCCAAUUUAUGCAGUGGCAAUGGGCAGUGUAUGGAUUGGGGGUGUGCAUGUCUCCCAGGCUUCAGCUCCUAUGACUGCAGUGAUUGGUAUGACAAAGUUCCUGAAAUCACAGAGCUUGAGAAUGCUGGAUUCUGUGAUGUUCAAAAGCAUAAUUGUACGAUGGUGAGAGUUUUUGGUCAAGGCUUCAAAGAAUCACCUUCCAUUAACUGUGAAGUUACUAAACUGCAGUAUAAUAGUAGUAAAUGGGUGCUUGGAGAACCUGUCUAUACACUGGCAGUUUUUCAGAACAGCAGAACUGUUGAUUGUCAGCUGCCCAGUGAUGUCCAGCAGUCUGAUACCAUGGAUGUGAUGGAUCAGAAACCAAUUAUGAAGUGGCAAUUAAAGGUAUCUAAUGAUGGUUAUAAAUUCAGUAAUUCCAAAACAAUGAUCAUAUAUGAUGGUGCUUGUCAAGUUUGUGGUCUCUACAAAAAUAACUCAUGUACUAUAAAGGAGAAUGUUUGCAUUAUCCGUGGACUCUGCUACACUGAAGGGGAUAGAAAUCCUACCAGUCCUUGUUUGAUCUGUAGAUCCCAAAUCUCAAAAUUUACCUGGUCGUUUUUAGAAAGCAAAAACUGCCAGGAAGAUGCUGAUGAGUGUGCAUCUGGGCCUUGCUUUCCAGGAGUAGAGUGCUUCAAUACCUUUGGCUCCUAUCAUUGUGGUUCAUGUCCAAAAGGAUUUUAUGGUGAUGGGAAAACCUGUCAUGACUUGAAUUUUCAGCCACUUUCCACAGAGCAUUCACUAACUGGUGCAAGAUUUACCCCUAGUCCUCCUCCGUUCAAAAGGUUCUUGAGUACAAUGAACAUCUCCUACCUGUCACCAAAAUCAAUUACGACUCAGAUGGAUAAUUCAAAGAAGUCUGUUUCUCAACAGAUACCUGGUUAUGAACAUGUGGAUCAUAUUCUCAGUGCAGAUCUCAGUGUGGAUGAAUUGAAAGAUCCUACAAACCACAGUCAUUCUUUAAGCAUUAAUCCCAACAGUUCUCGUGGCCAAGGGAGGGAUAUUUUCUACAGCACCAUCCAAAUAGAGACAGGAGAAUAUCAUUCUCUCAUAAACAGUUCUUUGCAAGGUUACACACAAUAUGAAGAUGAGUUUGUAGCAUCAGUUACUAAAGCAGUCACUAUUUUGCCACAGAAGUUUGGAUCAACCAAAAUAUCAACUUGUGCUGAGUCGCCUUGUUUUCUUGGUGUUUCCUGUGUGCCAACCACAGGUGGCCACUUCAAGUGUGGACGCUGCCCCACUGGGUAUUAUGGAGAUGGUGUCAAUUGCAGAGCUGUUUGUAGACAUCCAUGUGGAAGGAGCAGGGAAUGUGUGGCACCAAACAUAUGCAAAUGCAGACCAGGUUAUACCGGUUCCAACUGCCAAACUGCUGUAUGUCAGCCUGCUUGUAAAAACCAUGGGAAAUGCAUGAAGCCUAACAUCUGCAAAUGUCCUCCAGGAUAUGGUGGAACAACGUGCAAUGAAGAACAUUGUAGCCCACCUUGUCAACAUGGUGGCACAUGCUUGCCUGGCAAUCUCUGUACUUGUGCUUAUGGUUUUGUGGGAUCAAGGUGUGAAACAAUGGUUUGCAAUAGGCACUGUGAAAAUGGAGGUGCAUGUCUCGCACCAGAUGUUUGUCAAUGCAAGCCUGGUUGGUAUGGACCCACCUGUAGUACAGCUUUAUGUGACCCUGUUUGCCUCAAUGGUGGCUCCUGUUAUAAACCAAACACUUGCCUCUGCCUGAAUGGAUUUUUUGGUGCACACUGUCAGAAUGCUAUCUGUCACCCUCCCUGCAAGAAUGGUGGCCACUGCAUGAGAAAUAAUGUGUGUGUCUGCUGUGAAGGAUACACUGGUAGGCGAUGCCAAAAAAGCAUCUGUGAUCCCAUGUGCAUGAAUGGAGGAAAAUGUGUGGGACCAAACAUUUGCUCCUGCUCUUCCGGUUGGAGUGGGAAAAGAUGCAAUAUACCUAUUUGCUUUCACAAAUGUAAAAACGGUGGUGAGUGCAUUGCCCCCAGCAUCUGCCACUGUCCUCCCACCUGGGAAGGAGCGCAGUGUCAAAUACCAAUUUGUAAUCAAAAAUGUCUUUAUGGAGGCAGAUGUGCAUUUCCCAACGUGUGUUCUUGCCGGACUGGAUAUUCUGGAGUCAAAUGUGAAAAGAAAGUACAGGCAGCAGUCAUCAAGUUGAGCAUUUGUUCAAUUCAGCUCAAUGAGAAUGGUGGUUGA